CGGCGCUCUCACAGACUGCAGAACCACAUUUCACAGAGUCCUUCUCCAAACCACAAGCUGUUCCACUAACUGCCAACAAUGGAAUUGCACUAUUCUUUCAGAGCCAACUGUCUCCUUUAGCAUGAGAACCCGUCGCUGUGAUCACAGACUUACCAGUAUGAGAGAUCCAAGAUCUCGCUUAUGCAUACCACCUCUUGCUAACAUCACCAACACUGACGCUUCACUGCGGUCACAACCACCGCCGUCAUGGCAGAAUUCAUAACGGCCUUACAAGAAUUCAAACAUUUACCUCCCGGACUCCAUCUCCUCUGCCCCCGACAGAGCGACGACGAUACCGACAGAUAUGAUGAUGAACAAAACCCCGACCCCAAAGACCCAGUUCGCCUUGCGAGAAUCGAAGAGACCAAGGCACGGCGGAGAAGAUUUGUGUCGUCCCUCCAACUCCUCGCCUAUGACGGGAAGGAAAGCGAGCAAUACCAACGUUUCAUUUGGGACACGCUUGAGGAAGCCCUGGGAAAAUGUGACAUCUGCAUUCGCGAGUACUACAUUGCAAAAGUCAACUUCCUGGCCGCUUUGAGGGAGGACUACGAGGAGGAUGAUAUUGCCACUUUCUUCGCCCUGAUCAAUCGGAGAGAUGUCGAACGGAUUGUUCAGGGACUUGACGCCGCGGACAAGACUCUGCGAAGUGUCCCCGAACAGAAGAGAGGGACUGCGGUACUAGACCCCAAACACCUCCACGCCUUGUUUGAGGCGCUCGUAUCUCAGACGUUCCUGGACGACGAAGAGCAACUGAAGGCCCAUUUCGAUGCGCCCUUCAGGAUGAUACAGACCAAGAAGUCGCUUAAGAUGCGGGAGAUCCUCCCUGCCGCCACUCGAUUUCUCUUUGACUCCAACACAGUCCGAGUGGUAUGGGCAAGUUCGAUCUGGACGCGACUCGAUCGAUGCCCCACGGACCUCGAAUGGGACUGGGCAGUGAAGGACUACCUGCAGAAGAAGCUGCAGUCGGCCUCCGAUCCUCAUGAUGUUGCAAAACUGUGGAGUGCUCUGGACCUCAUUGUCCAAAAGCUCGACGAACGGAUGAUCACCUUCAAGCUGUUCGACCUCCACCCCAACAUAUGCACAACAGCGUUGAACCACUUAGCCAAGCGGACGACUGCCGUACCCUCUAUUCUUUCGACUCUCAAACAGAUCUUGGACAAGGCUCCAGAUGCAUUUUGGCAGGCUAUGGGCUCCAUCUCCUCGCAGACAAUUGUUGAGCAGAUCUUCGCAAGCCCUGUGUUCAAUCAGGACCUCCAGGAAUCCACAGCUGACGCUCAUGGGUCCGCUCGGGAUGUCCUGUCUUGGAUCAGUUCACUGCUGGAAUCUCUCAAGCCUGCCAAUCGUCCCCCUGCUUCACACACGCUCCUCAACCAGCUGUUUGAAAGAAUUGACAAUGGCUCCCUUAGCCUCUCAGCAAGGAAAGCAUGCUUUGAGCAGGCUGUAAACGUGCUUUUAAAGACGGUGAUCAGUUUCUCCGGCGAGGAAGAGGACAGCCAACAUCCAGUUGAGCGGUUGGUCUAUCUUGACACACUGAACCUGGUUGGCCACCGUCUAGACGUGAUGCUGCGGCCUAGAGACGUGGUCCUUGCUCAAUCACUGCCAAAGGAGACUCAAGAAAAUGUUGUGAACCUCGUUAAAAACUCAGUCGCAUUGGAAUGUAAGUGUCUGAAGCUUGAUUUCGAGAGCCUCAGCCGCAACGAAUCCCGGACGCAGGAGUCGAGUGCCUACACUCCAGAACUUUGGACCUCAGUCAUUGACAACCUUCGUGAUGAUGAUUACGCACUGUCCACUGCGGUACUGAUUGGGAUCAUGUCUCUUCCUGGUCUGGAGCAGUUCCGAAUCAGAGAGGGCGAUAGUCUGGCAAGAGAAAAGAAGUCUUACAACGCUAUUUUCGAAAAGGUUAACCAAAUGGUCAGCAAGCUGCUAGAGCGCAUAUCCGAGUUUCAACCACCCCAUCUGGACUCCCUAUUCAGACAACAAGAUACAAGCAUGUCUCUGGUCGCCGCUUUGUUCUCCCCGCAUCAAGAGAUAUACGAAGCAGCGAUUGCCAUGGUCAAGCAUAUCAGCGGAGAGUCAGGUCGGAAGGAAGCCCUUGCGCAUCUGAUCAAUGCUUUUCUUGGGACCACCAUCUAUGGCGUUUGCUGGCUGUUUAGGCGAGUAGCCAAUUAUAAGACCUUCGCUUCGGUGCCCAGAAUGCUCAAGACAGGUAUGGAAAUCCUCGAUGUGCUUUCCAACCCAACGGCUGGCCUCCUACGACGCAUGGAGCUCUCGGGUCGAGACCUCAAAGCUGUACAAAGCUAUUGGUCGUACCAGUGGAUCGCCCUCAAGACCAUCUAUGGUCACACUGAGCGCUGGUCGAUGGAGGUGCACAACAAAGAUAUUAUGAAAGAGGUCUGCCGCGACGCCAUGCAAUACGCUGGAGAGCUUUUCCAGCAAUAUGACCUUUUCGCAACCGUCUUGACGAAGACAAAGCCUGAUAAAGCUGGCGAGAUUCGAAAGACCCUCUUGGACUCGGCUAGCGCUAGUGAGAAGAAUCUAGGAUCACCUCUGAGUGCUCUCGAUACCAUGUGCAAAUGGUUGAGACUGAGGGACGAGUAUCUGGCCGACACACUAGUAUCAUUGAUCUGCAACAUGCUGUACCAACUCAAGCGGCUUCGGGCCGUGGUGACCAACAGCGAAGGCCUCGCAUACGUGGAAGAUGUGGCGACAGGAGGCACUGUUAGAACGAUGCUCUCAGCCUCGCAGAAAGCUAGACUAGUUCGAGCCCUGGAGGACUACUUUGACCGCCAAAUCGGAAGACCAGCUGUCAAGAAACAAGCAAUACUCAACCUGGAAAAAUGGACCGAUUCAGCUGCGGUCUCAAGAAUAUCCACUCACGAGUCGAAGGAUCGUAGCGCCGACGAAUUUGGAGACGACGACAUUGCUGACGAAGACUUGAUUGAGAUCGCCAGCAAAACGCUUGGUACUCAUAAAGCAACCGUCACAGCCAAGGACAAGAAGAAGAUCAAAUCUCUACUCCUGCAACAGCCACCUGCGAAGCCAAAGGUCGCGCCAGUCUCUACAAUCGACAUUCAAGCGAAGAAGGCGCAAGAGGCGAGGGCCUUCAUCGAGAACCGGAAGCGCGAAGAAGCAGCCCGAAAACUCCGAGACAAGGAAGCUGCUCUCAGAUUGAAAGGCAAAACCGGAAUCGGCGCACAGACGAGCGGACAAGGGUCUGGACUUGCUGGACUGGGCGUUGUGGGCAAAGAUCAUUCAGCUGGUCCAAACAGUCUCAUGGUGUCUAGCGACUCCGAAUUCGAUUCCGACUCAGACGAUGAAUUGUUUGGCAUUCAGUCAAGGGGCCCUACAGUCCGUGAGCAAUUUGGACAGAGAAAGCCCAUGCCAGCUGGCCCUGUGCGUAAGGUCAAGCAACAACGAACCCAGAAGGAUAUCCGCGCCCGGCUUGCUCCUGAUCUCAGUGAGUUGCACCGCACAAUCCUUGGGUGGGAUUUCUUUGCGGACACCGAUACACCUCCCAAUUCAAUGAAGGAUGACUACACCCUUGUUACAAAUACGUUUCGAACUGCACAGGACUAUCAGAGGACGUUUGAACCACUGCUGGUCCUAGAAGGCUGGCAGAGUUUUCGGGCGGCACGGGAGGAGGGCAAUUUCAAAGCUUUCGAAGUCAAAGUUUCCAACUCUCUGAUCGUGGACAGCUUCUUUGAAGUCAACUCAUUGAUGUCUUUCACGGAAGGAAAAGAUCUCGGCAUCGGCGUCUCCGACAUUGUUUUGUUGUCAAAGUCCAGCAGACCGGAUCAGGACCCCAACGAACCACACUGUCUAGCGAGAGUCAAAGAAAUCACGAGGAAGAAAGGAGAAGUCCAGGUCACCUAUCGGGUGAAUGCUGCAAACAACCUCUUGAGACCAUUUCUGAGCGACAAAGCAGUUGUUUACGGUAUACAGAUCCUGUCGCUGACACCGUUGGAGAGAGAGUACGGUGCGUUGAUGGCAUUGCAGUACUAUGACCUGUGUGACGAGAUUAUCAAAGCGCAACCAUCACCCAUCCUCGACUAUCCCGAAGAAGUACUCCAGCCAAUCAAGACGACUUACAGUGUGAACUUUGCACAAGCUAAAGCUGUAAAAUCCGCCCUUGACAACGACGCAUUCACUUUGAUUCAGGGACCUCCAGGUUCCGGCAAGACCAAAACCAUCUGUGCACUCGUUGGUGCCAUGUUGACGGGCUUCGUCAGGAAACAAAUCAACGGUGCUGCAAGAUCGAGUACGACUCCUGGUGCAUCACGACCACCGUCCUCCAGCAAGAAGAUUCUUGUUUGUGCUCCCAGCAAUGCGGCCGUUGACGAGUUAGUGAUGAGGUUGAAAACCGGGGUCACAAUGUUGGACGGCACAUUUGAAAAGAUCUCAGUCGUCCGCUUGGGCCGCAGUGAAGUCAUCAACACUAAUGUCAAAGACGUUACACUUGAGGAACUGGUCAACGCCAAGCUCAGCGCUGCCGCACCUAGGGCCGCAGGGGAAGAUAUCCAUGGGUUGAUGAUGCAGCAUAAGGAGGUCUCGGAAGAACUGAGAAAUCUCCGAGACUCGAUUCAAGAUCGUCGAGGGAAAGGUCAACCAGUGCCAACCGCCGAUGAACAGCUUACGGAUGCGCUUCGACGGAAGCAGAACGGGCUGGGCAGCAGAAUCGACGACCUGAGAGAAAAGCAGAAUACUGCGUCCCGGGACGUAGAACUCAGUCGAAAACGAAUUCAACAGGAGAUUCUGGAUUCGGCACACGUUCUUUGCGCGACUCUAAGUGGAAGUGGACACGACCUAUUCCAGAGUCUCAACGUCGAAUUUGAAACUGUCAUUAUCGAUGAAGCUGCACAGUCAAUUGAACUGUCGGCGUUGAUUCCUCUCAAAUAUGGAUGUUCAAAGUGCAUCCUCGUGGGUGACCCCAAACAAUUACCGCCUACAGUCUUGUCUCGGAAAGCGGCCAAAUUUCAAUAUGAGCAGAGUCUAUUUGCCCGUAUGGAGAACAACCACAAGAAAGACGUACAUCUUCUAGACACGCAAUAUCGUAUGCAUCCAGAGAUCAGUCUUUUCCCAAGCAAGACAUUCUAUGACUCUUUGUUGAAGGACGGCGAAGGCAUGGCCAAGCUUCGUCGGAGACCGUGGCACCACAGUGACAUUUUUGCACCUUAUCGCUUCUUUGACGUUCAGGGAAUGAGUCAAGCAUCAACAAAGGGGCACUCGCUGGUCAACAUUGCUGAGAUCAACGUGGCAAUACAACUGUACAGGAGAUUGACGACAGACAUUCGCAAGUAUGACUUUGCAGGAAAGAUUGGCAUCAUCACUCCAUACAAGGGCCAACUGAACGAACUCAAACGCCGCUUCAGGGAUCAAUAUGGUGAAACUAUCUUCUCAAAGAUUGAUUUCAACACCACAGAUGCUUUUCAAGGCCGGGAAAGCGAGAUUAUUAUCUUUUCUUGUGUCAGAGCUUCAACCCAAGGUAUUGGUUUCUUGAACGACAUUCGGCGUAUGAACGUGGGUCUGACCCGUGCCAAAUGCUCACUUUGGGUUUUGGGCAAUUCACAAGCACUCAUGCAAGGCGAGUACUGGCGUGCUCUGGUCACAGAUGCGAAAGCCAGGAAAUUGUACACUGACGGCGACCUUGCCAGGCUGCUGAGCCGGCAGCUGCUGACGGAUGACAUGAUGAAGGACGAUGUUGAAAUGCUUGACUACAACGAGUCCCUGUCCGAAACCGUGAAGUCUUCCACCGUUGCCGAAAGCUCAUUUAGCGGCAAGGCAGAGUCCAAAGAACCGCCAGCGGCACCGGUGAAAGAACGGAAAGACGCAUCUCGACCGACAGCUGCCUCGAAUCAAGCCACUCCGACAUCUUCCAGGCCGGGAAGUGCGCCUUCCCGACAAUCUUCAACAGCCUCAGUUACCAGACCAGAGCCGAAGCGGCAGGACUCGGGACAAUCUGUUGGAAGACGAGAUCUCACCAAAACCGAUGCCGGAAUCGAACCACGGAUUGUUCCGAACGGACCACAGCCUGCCGAACGAAGAAUGAAAGCCACAGCUACGAGCGCUAGCUCCGGCGAAUACAAUCCUUCGGGAGGCGGCAACGGCCUCAACGACCUCCGUAACUGCACAGUUUGUGGGUCAUAUGAGCAUUAUGCAGCCGAUUGCGACAACGAAGCAGCCCUGGCUGGGUCAAUUGGGACUUGCCACAGAUGUCAGUACCCUGGCCAUACAGCUGCCAACUGCACUGAACCUCGAUGCAUCUCUUGCGGGGAAGUAGGUCAUGCCGCCGAUCAGUGUACAGCGCCCCUAGAAAAGAGACUCAACAAGGCGCAACAAGAAAGGGUUCGGAGAGAAGAGAUCCGCUAUGGUGAAAGAAGAGAUCGAGCACGCCAGUAUCGAGCCGAAAAACAACUUGGCGAACACGGCGCGCAGAUCCCCACGGUCAAGAGCUCGGUUACGACCUCGAACACGAUUGCCCCGAACAGGGACGUCAAGAGAAAACGAGACGAGUCCCCUAGUAGUGAUUCUACAAAGGCCAAAGUACCAAGAGCCAAGCCAGAAAACAGAUCUCCUGCAUCCGGCACGGUCAACGUACACAAGGGCCUGCAAGGGUUGCCUCCGAGACCGCCUGAACGGAACCCUUCAACGGGACCAUCAGUCUUUCCACCAAGACCUCCCGGUCGCCGCCAUCCUGCUAUGAUGAACAAUGGGCAGCCGGCCGUGAGGAAGAAGAAAGCCAACGCCGAUGAUAUGUUUAUGAAACGAAGAUGAGACCGGUACCCACAGACGGCCUGGGGUGUCUUGGCAAAAGAGCCACGGCCAUCAAUCUUGCAUUCCAAAUGCUCACGGUGAAAUCACGACAGCAUGGCGCACAGAUAUUGUGGAGCCAAUUUCGACUUACUUUGCUUUUGAUGAAGAGGCAGUGGUAGACUCUGUCUACGUGGAGAAAUUUGGUUAAGGGCUGUAUUUCACUCGCAGAUGCAGCGGGUCGGGUUACGAGGCGCUUUUGCAUAGCAGCGUAACAUUUGACAGCGCGGAAGACAAGGUGUUGAUGAACACCAUCAUGAAUAGGAAAGCAUCAGAGCGAGAGCAUCUACAUAGCGACGGGCGUUUCAUUGACAGACUCCCUAUUAAAGGGCAGUUAGAUUGCGAAGCCUAGAGCCAGCGAGGCUGGGAAUUGCAAGAGCUUUAGCAUAAUACAUAGAUGCUGUCGACCGCCAAACUUGCAGGACGCAAGAACUCUGCAGCGGACACAACUCUCGCAGGAGAAGCUCGACCACUUCCCC